AUUCUCAACCCAUCCUCAGAGACCAGAGAGUUGCACAAAGUGAUGAGAGAGCUCCUGCCAGAGACAGAGCUGGCUUCUGCUGCUGCCCUUGCCCUGCUCUGUGGUUCGGCAGCAGCUGUAGUGGUCUGGAAAUGGCUGAGCAAAAGGCACAUCCAGAAGAAGAUGGAAGAGGCUCGGAGGACCAGGGAUGAAGGUGUGAAGAAAAUGGCAAAAGCCGUCCAACAGUUCAGGGAGCAGCUUUUAUAACAAGGAUCCCAGGGGAGAUGUGCCGGCAGCCUUCAGCAAAGGGAAAGGCUGCCCUGGGAGGAAGGGAGAUCACAUCUUCUGAAGCUGGAUGAGAUGUGGUGGAAGCCUACAGCCAGGGAGAUGCAAAUUACACUUGGAAGAGGUUUGGAACAAAGGUGACGAAGCCUUUGAAGAUCCAGAGGAUUUGGACCAAUGAAGGUUAUUACCAAUGAAGGUCCCCAGUGACAAGACAGAUGCCAUCCUGUCCCUGCCCCUGCUGGAACUCGCUGGGAGGCUGCAGGAAGGGUCCCUGUCCCCCAGGACCGUCCUUUACACUUACAUACAGAAGGCCCUGGAAGUGACCCAGCAGACAAACUGCGUGCAGUAUUUCAUCCCAGAGUGUGAAGAGCAGCUCCAGGAAAUACAGCAGCAGAGGGAGAAAGGGCUUCUGUAUGGCAUCCCUGUCAGCAUCAAGGAUCACAUUGGCCACAAGGGGCAUCUAUCAACCUGUGGGCUCGUGAAGUUCCUUGGCACUCCAGAGCAGGAGGACAGUGUCCUAGUCAAGGUUCUGAAGAGACAAGGGGCCAUCCCAUUCGCUAAGACCAAUGUGCCACAGUCCCUCUUCAACUAUGACUGCAGCAAUCUCAUUUUUGGCCAGACGUUGAACCCCCUCAACCAUCAGAAGACCCCCGGGGGCUCCUCAGGAGGGGAGGGAGCUCUGAUUGCAGGGGGAGGCUCCCUCCUGGGCAUUGGCUCGGACGUAGGUGGUAGCAUCCGUCUUCCAUGCAGCUUCUGUGGGCUGUGUGGGCUCAAACCCACAGCCAAAAGGCUCAGUCUGUCUGGAAUUAGUGGCCCAGUCGAUGGGAUUGUGUCAGUUCCAUGUGCACUGGGGCCAAUGGCGAGGGAUGUGGACAGCCUGGCCCUCUGCAUGAAGGCGCUGCUCUGCGAGGAGAUGUUCCGGCUGGAUCCCACCGUGCCCCCCAUCCCCUUCAAUGAGGAGGUGUAUUCAAGCUCUGCUCCCCUGCGGAUCGGAUAUUACGACACAGAUGGUUACUUCCCAUUGCCUCCUUGCAUGAGGAGGGCGGUGCAUGAAACCAGGGAGGCUCUUCAGGCAGCUGGGCACGAGCUGGUGCUCUUUACUCCACUUCACGUCCGCCAUGUCAUGACUGAACUGUUUUUGAAGACAUUUUUUGCUGAUGGAGGCCGUGCUUGGUUGGAUGUGUUUACAGGAAAUAUUGUAGAUCCAGGCUUAAAACCCCAGGUGAAUUUCUGCAGGAUCCCAAGGCUUGGGAAGAAGAUUCUGGCUCUGAUUCUUAAACCUCUGUUUCCCCGCAUGGCCGACUAUCUGAACGCCUUGUGCAGCAUGAGGUCAGUGAAGGAGAUGUGGGAUCACCAGCAUCAAAUAGAGGUGUACCGCUCUGAGUUCAUCGCCCAAUGGAGGGAACUCCAGCUGGAUGUCGUGCUGUGCCCUGUGCUGGGGCCAGCCUUCACCAUAGGGUUCCCUGGGAAACUCCUCUCUGCCAUCACCUCCACAAUGCUGUACAAUGUCCUCAACUUCCCCGCCGGGGUCGUACCCGUCAGCACAGUGACAGAGGCUGAUGAGGAAGAGCUGAAGCUUUACCGAGGAUGCUGUGGUGACCUCUGGGACAGGACACUGAAGCAGGCCGUGGAAGGAGCCGUGGGGCUGCCCGUGGCUGUGCAGUGCGUGGCUUUGCCGUGGCAGGAGGAGCUGUGCCUCCGGUUCAUGAAGGAGGUGGAGACCCUCAGCAGAGCAAAGAGAGCAGCGUAGCCCUUCCAGCCCCACCUCAGCAGGGCGGGAAGGGGAAGCUCUGCGUCACUUCUCCCUUUUGCUAUCUGAAGGGCAUAGAAUUACAGUAAGGAAGGAAGGAAGGAAGAAAAGCUAUUUCAUGCCCCUCUUCUUGCUGACAAGCACAGAUCCUGUUGAAGGACACAGCCAUUUCCUCGGUAGCCAUUACAAGGCCUGUAAGUCUGCCUUCUUAUCCUGUCUCGGCUCAGACAGUGCUGGAAUUGCCUCUAAAUAGCCCAGCAGCUGAGGCAGAGACCAAAACAUCAGCAUAAAGCCUGCAGCACUUCAUCACACUGAUGAAGACUUCACAGCACCAAACUUCUUUGUUAAAGGGAAUCUUGCUUGCAUCACAGCCUUCCUUUGAAGAAAAACAAUAAUACCCAAAGACUCCACCUGGACACUGCAGCUUCACAACUCACCUGUCCUCCACUCCUCUGCUUUUCCUUCCCCUUCUCCCCCCUCCUUGCACCAGUGGCUGAAAACAACCAGUCACUGUUGCUGCAUUAAUACCUAUGCAGCACUCUCCACCAGCACACUGUGCAGCCACACCAACGCUUGUCUUGUCAGAGACGUGAUGCAGAGGGCAGGACUGGCUUAUGCUGAGCUCAAAUGAUCAACAAUCCAUGAACUGCACCUUCCUGAAAGGAUGGAUAUGGAUAGGUGGUCACUUUCAUUUCCAUCUACGCAGCCUCUUGCGAGAAGCAGGGCAAGGAUAAGGGAAAAGGAUUCCAAAACUCAGUAGCGUUUUCUUGCUGGCAGAGGAUGCAACUGUGGGGCUAACAGCCCUGCAUGGAACACAUCUGUGUCUAUCUACUGCUGCACCACUAUUCUGCCCACAAAAAUAAACAUGUUGUAAUAAAGUUGAGUAACCCUCCGCUGAUGGAUACAA